GCCGCGCGCCUCUCAGACAGCUUGGCGUCAUCGGGCGGCAGAGCGGGGGCUGAUGGGUAUUGUAGUCUGCGGUGUUGCGCGCCUUGUGGCGGCCGGGCUGGCCUCUGCCCGCUGGCUGCCCUCCGUUCCUACCAAGAAACGGGUGCUUCUGAGAUGAAAUAACUGAUGUACUGACUCAGGUUUGUUUUGAACUGGUGAAGAUGUCAUCUGGCCUUACGGAGGAGCAAAAGAGAAGAAUUGAAGAGAACCGCCAGAAGGCUUUGGCUAGGAGAGCUGAGAGGCUAGCAGCCCAGCGGGGUGGGCAGCUGGGGAUCAAUGGGCCUCGGGUAAAAGAACAGAAUCCAGACAAUCGAGGAAGCUUGAAGCAAGAAAACAAUCAUGUCAGGUUCAUUAGCCUGCCCCAACAGAAUCCAGACAGUCCUGUGGAGCAGAAGAGCUAUCUUCGGAAAGAUUAUAAUCAUUACACUGCGAACCAACAGAUGGCUGGUUCACAGGGAGAGCAACAAAAGAAUUGUUCAGAGGACUCAAAGCAAACAAGUGGCAAUAAGCAGUUCCCUACACCGAUCCCAAAUUCUCUGAGUUAUUCCCAUCAACGUUACUCAGAUGGACAACAUGGACAACAAGCUUUAAUUAAUCCUGGUACAUUCCAACAGCCCAAGUGCUACCCAGCUUCCAAAAACCCUACAGGAACAUCUCUCCCUAAUUUAACUGGUAACUGUAACGCUGAUGGUAUUAAAGUUGUUUCAUCACCAAGCAGCGCCACUCUGAGUGCUUCAGAAAUGGUGAUAAAUACAAACAGAUCAACAGACAGACAAGGUGGAAGUGGUGCCUUUCGGGCCAGUGGUAAGAUGCAGAAGCUGACCAGCCCUGCUGUUGCAGACUCUAUCAAAGCUGCCUCUUGCAAGAAAGCAAAUAACGUUACAAAAGGAAAAUGUGUGAAAUACGGGGAAGACCGUUUCCAGGUUGAAAUAGGGUAUAAUGCUGACCUGGUUGCUUUGUUUAAGACAAUACCAACCAGAAGCUAUGAUCCUACUACGAAAAAAUGGAGUUUCAGCCUGGAACAUUACAGCAGUUUCAUGAAAGCAGCAAGUCAACUUUCCUCAGUGAUUCUGGCACCGUUGGAAGGGGAAAAUGCAGUUGACUUGUCAUCAGGCUCUGAUUUCAGCAGCAGCAGGAUUGAUACAGUAUCCCUCUUGACAAUGUGCAAGAACUGGAAGAAACCUGCAGCCCUCAUCAAAGGGAAGUGUGUGCUGAUCUCUCGCUCUCGGUUUGAGGUUGAUAUUGGGUAUUCUGCAGAGGCGGUUGGAGUGUUCAAACAGAUGAAUUCCAGAAUUUAUGAUAUGAAGACCAGAAAGUGGAAUUUCUUACUGGAGGACUAUCCCAAACUGAUGAAAGUGUUCCAGAGCCUUGUGUCUGUAGAAGUGGAGCCACUUCCUGAGGCAGUCAUACAAGCCUUUGCUGCUCAAAUACAGAACUCUACAUCACAGAAGAUGGAUUUUCCUGAUGCUGACCUUUCAGUAGUGGACUCUAAAAUUGUGACAAGCCUCAUGCCCUUUCAGAGGGAAGGUGUGAAUUUUGCAGUUUUAAAGAAUGGACGUUUACUUCUGGCGGAUGACAUGGGUUUGGGCAAGACUGUUCAGGCAAUCUGCAUCGCUGCGUACUACCAAAAGGAAUGGCCCUUGCUGGUGGUGACUCCUUCUUCUGUGAGGUUUACAUGGGCAGAGGCAUUUCACAGGUGGCUUCCAUCCUUGAGACCAGGAAGCACUAAUGUUAUAGUGACUGGCAAAGACAGCUUAACAGCAAGCUUGAUUAACAUCAUCAGCUUUGAUCUCCUCAGCAAGAUGGACAAGCAACUCAAGAGCACUUUCCAAGUCGUUAUUAUUGAUGAAUCUCAUUACCUAAAGAACAUAAAAACAGCGCGGUGCCGAGCUGCCAUGCCUCUACUUAAGGCAGCGAGGAGAGUGAUCUUACUUUCAGGAACCCCUGCCAUGUCACGGCCUGCAGAGCUCUACACACAGAUUGCAGCUGUCCAGCCAGGUUUCUUUCCACAGUUCCACACCUUUGCGCUCCGCUACUGUGAUGCAAAAAAGAUGCCAUGGGGUUGGGACUACUCUGGAUCAUCCAACUUAGCUGAACUGAAAAUUUUGCUGGAAGAGUCCAUCAUGAUCCGACGUCUUAAAUCAGAUGUGCUAUCCCAGCUUCCAGCAAAGCAACGCAAAAUGGUUGUGGUGGCUCCUGAAGGCAUUAAUGCAAAGACCAAAGCUAUGUUGGCAGCUGAAGCAGAGAAAAUGGCCAGAGGAUAUGAAAGUAAACAAAAGGAGAAGGAAGCUCUUCUUCUCUUCUACAGCAGAACAGCAGAAGCUAAAAUCCACUCAGUCGUAGAAUACAUCUUGGAGUUACUAGAAAGUGGGAAAGAUAAAUUCCUGGUGUUUGCUCAUCACAAAAUAAUGCUGGAUGCAAUAGUUGAAGAGGUGGAGAGGAAACAUUUUGACUACAUCCGCAUUGAUGGCUCUACACCGUCAGCUGAACGGCAGUCUUUGUGCCAGAAGUUCCAGUUCUCAGAGAAACAGGCUGUGGCUGUUCUGUCCCUCACUGCUGCAAACAUGGGCCUGACACUGUCUGCUGCGGACCUGGUGGUGUUUGCAGAGCUCUUCUGGAAUCCAGGGGUUUUGAUCCAAGCAGAAGAUCGGGCUCAUCGAAUUGGACAGACCAGCUCUGUUAAUAUUCACUACCUGGUGGCUAGAGGCACAGCAGACGACUUCUUAUGGCCAAUGAUUCAAGAGAAAAUAAAAGUGCUGGGAGAAGCGGGGCUUUCAGAAACCAAUUUCUCCAAUACAGCUGAAUCUACUAAUUACUAUCCUAAGCCGGAUCCAAAGCAGAAGACCAUUUAUGAACUGUUCCAGAGGACCUUCUCUGACAGCCAAGAUGACUCUGAUGUUGCGCUUUUGGAAGCAGCUGAUGCCUGCUGUGAGUUUGACUCUGACAGUGCCUUUAGAGACACAGAAGAGAGGUGUUCAGUGAGUUCCCCCAAAAAGCGGCGUACUGAGGAGUUUAUUCAAGAGUAAAACAGUGAAAAUGGCUAACAUGGAUUUUAUUUUAUUUUUUUUUAAAGUUAAAAAUAUGAGUUUAUUUUUGGGUUUUCAGAAAUGAAAUACUUCAGAUUUUCUGUAUCUGGUAGUGUAUUUCAUCUCAAAGGAUGACAGCAUAUCAAAUAAACAUUGCACACUUGGCAGCCUGCUGGUCUUGCGGUCUUACCUUUGCUGAUGACUGAGUGGACAUGGGAAGGUAGCAUGCUGCUUUGUUUUGGCAGCUCAGCUUCCAUGGUUGUUUUAUUUAUAAAGCAGAUAACUGUUGUCUCUCCGCACAGAAGAGCUCUUCUGAGAAUUAGUGUAUCAGCAACAGAGUACUUUCAAAAGUCAUCUCCAAAAAGCUUAGCGUGUAUUAUGAGGAGCUGGUUCACACAGGCAGAACUGAAGUCCUUCUGUGAGUCAUGCACAAACUAGCUCUCCUAUUCAGUUGGGCAGUGAGCAGAAAAGAAAUAGAGAUACAGACAGUUCUUGAUAUUUUCUGGAGGUGAGAAAGAGGAAGGAGAGCCCCAGAAAUCUCAAUAAUACCAUAAAACCAAGCAUUGUUAUGGCCUACCAGCAAGCGUGUAUUGCCUGUUAGGCACACAUUUGCCUCAGCAUUGUUGUCUCUGGCCUUGUCCUCUAAAUCUUAGGACCUGCUCCACAGCACUUGCUGUCUCAGGGAACAAUGAAGAUGGUGCUUACUGACAGAGAUUAAGCUUGGCUACUCAGGGGAAGGAGUGUGCAUUUAUGUUUUCUUUUAGGCUCAAGACUUUAUUUCCAUCGAUCAAUGAGGUGAGGGGUUCAUGAGGAAGCUGUUCAGUUUUUGUAGGAAGCUGAUUCUGGACUGAGCAACUUAAAUAAAAAGGUUGUAUUAA